AUGCCUGCGUAUCAUUCUUCGUUUAAUGACGACCAAACUGUCCGCACGAUCGGAAAUAUGUCUAUGCUACCCUUCAAAACAAAAAGUCGAGGCCCUGCACUUCCACCAGCAAAUCCUGAUGCAGAUGAUAUUAUUGACGAGGCUAUUUCGCUUUACCGAGCAAACAACUUUUUUCGUAACUUUGAGAUCAAGGGUGGUGCAGACCGAGUGCUCAUCUAUAUUAUGCUGUAUAUCCAAGAGUGCCUUGGAAAACUAUCCAAACUACCCAAUCUGAUCGAGGGACAAAAGGUUCUUGCUACACACGCAGUGCAAAACUUUGCUAUUCCAGGCGAUGCAAACUUUCCCUUGAAUGCCAUGUACGAGAAACCCACAACUCGACCUGAUGCAGAUUUGAUGAAGCAGUAUCUAACCCAGCUGCGCCAAGAGGUUUCUUUGCGGCUGGUUCUGCGAGUGUAUGAGGAGGACAAGCCAAGCAAAUGGUGGAUGUGCUUUUCAAAGAGAAAGUUUAUGAACUUGCCUGGAAUCGGAACUUCAGUAUAG